AUGGAGGUGGCGUCCAGACGGAAUUUUGGAGAUCAACAUCGCUGGAGCCAUCCAGAAGGCUCAGAAGGAGGAAGUGCCAAUUGUUAUCCACAGUGGCGACAGGUCAGGGGUGCAAUUAGAUACGUGACUCAGCGGCCAUGGACUAGAAUACCUCCCGUGACGCGGACCAUGAUUUUCAACCCUGUCCUUGCUUGUUUGGCUGGUGGACGCAACAAGGCAGUGGGAGCUAAGGCGUACGAUCUUCACAACGCUGCGCUGGCAUCAACUGGACUCUCCAUCCUCACUCCUGAGACCAUUUGGGAUGUCGCCAAGCCGGAGAUUCCCCUCUGGGUCGGCAGAAUGGGUGGCUUGGCUGUUGUGAAGGUUCCUUAUGCUAACGCAGGUCAAGGUGUGUGGACAAUCACAAACGACGAAGAGCUGAAGGAGUUCAUGGCGAUUGAGCAGCGCUAUGACCGGUUCAUUGUUCAGGCCUUGAUUGGGAACAACGGCUGGAGUUCCCUGAGUGUGAGUGGCAGGCUGUACCACGUGGGGACCAUUCCGACAAGCAAAGGGAACAUCUACGCCUCUGACCUCAGGAUGAUGGUGGGGUCAGGAGCAGGUGGCUUCUUUCCCGUGGCCAUCUAUGCACGGAGAGCCAAGCUUCCUCUUGCUGAGACGCUCGAAAGUGGGAUUCAUUCUUGGGACAUGCUUGGAACCAACCUUUCAUACAAGAAUCCAGAUGGGACCUGGGGAACGGAGACGGACAGGUUGCUGCUGAUGGACAGCCGGGACUUCAACAGGCUUGGUGUCGGUGUGGAUGAUCUUAUUGAGGCCUACAUGCAGACUAUCCUGGCAGUGACCGCUAUUGACCGGCUUUGUGGGAAGCUAAUCACACCCAAGGGAAAUUUCGGUUUGAAGCUCUUUGGAUCUUUGAAUCCUGACAUCAAGCUCCUGGACGAGCUUUAUACGCUUCCACUGCAUUCUCUUCCUGUGGAAGGUACCAGCGAGUCAUCUUGCCUGGUGAAACGCGCUGCAGAUCAAGCAACUGAGCAAGAAGAUGCUCUUGCACAAGAGCUGCAGCUGGAGGUCACAGUUGCCGCACCUCCUGUCGCAAUGAAGCACCGCAACGCGUUUCGCAAGCUGGGUCGCGCGAGUAGCCAUCGAUGGGGAUUGCUCCGCACCAUGGUGUCUCAACUCAUACAGCAUGAGAGGAUUGAAACGACUGUUGCCAAGGCCAAGGAGUUAAGGCCCGUGGCAGAUCGAAUGGUCACUCUUGCGAAGGAGGGUACGCUGCAAUCGCGCAGGGAGGCAGCAGCUGUGGUGAGAGGGAAGGAUGUGCUUCAGAAGCUGUUUUAUGACCUGUCAGAGAGAUACAAGGAUAGAGCAGGAGGCUACACUCGAGUGCUCCCAACUCGAACACGCGUCGGGGAUGCAGCUCCCAUGGCUUAUAUUGAGUACGAGUCCCCUCAGCUGCAUUUAGCAUGA